UCCCCUUCCCUUGUCUUCGCCAGCCUCCCCUCGGAGGAGCCCAUCUCGCUCGGAGCCGUCCCCCACCCACCCUGCUCGACCAUGACCCUGCGGAGGCUCCGGCGGCUCCGUCCCGGGCAGCCCGAGGAGGAAGCGGCGGGGUCCGGGAGCAUGCCGGGGGCGAGGGGCGUCCUCGGGGGGAGAGCCUCGGAGCUGGAGCUGGAGAAGGCGCUGGCGGCCUCGGGAGGGACCCUGCCCAGAGCCAGGCGGGGCUCCGGAUUGAAGUGGAAGUCUCUCAGCCAGUCGCCUGAGCAGCACAGGAAAGUGAUCACCCUUGAGAAGGAAGAGGCACAAGCAUUUGGCUUUGAGAUUCAGACAUAUGGGUUACACCACCAGGACUCAAAACGUGUGGAAAUGUUCACCUUCGUAUGCCGAGUGCAUGACGGUAGCCCAGCGCAGGUAGCUGGCCUUAAACCUGGCGAUACCAUCACUGCUGUGAAUGGGCUCAAUGUGGAGGGGAUCCGCCACCGUGAGAUUGUGGAAAUCAUCAAGGCAUCCGGAAAUGUACUGAGAUUAGAGACUUUGUAUGGCACAUCAAUCCGGAGGGCAGAACUGGAGGCCCGCUUGCAGUACCUUAAGCAAACACUUUAUGAAAAAUGGGGGGAGUAUCGGUCAUUGAUGGUCCAAGAGCAACGUCUGGUCCAUGGGAUUGUAGUGAAAGACCCCAGCGUGUAUGAUACCCUGGAGUCUGUGCGUUCCUGUCUGUAUGGCACUGCCUUGGCAAGAGGCUCCACGCCUUUGAGGAUGCUGUUGCCAGGAGCAAGCAGCACGUACAGCAGUGUGGGCUGCGUCAGCACGGCCACCGACGACAGUGAGGACUCUCUUUACCAGACCUGUUUUUUUGACUCUGCUGAUUCCCUGGACGCUGUCUCCACGGCUGCCCAGUCGUCACGCCCCAGGACAACACUCACCCGCAGCGCCAGUGUCAAGUGCAGCAGCAACAGCAAUGGAGCUCCUCGCUUCUGGGACAAGUCAUGUGAACAGAAGAAUUCCUUGGCAACACCAAGGCCCAGGAAGAGUAAGCAUGGAAGCUUCCGCAAGAGACUACUCAAGUUUAUCCCUGGAUUGAAUCGUUCCCUCGAAGAAGAAGAGAGCCAGUUGUAAAAGGACGUGCAGAGCUGGAGCAAUGGCGUGGGGCUUAGUGUGGGCCUGGGAGCCCCCACCUUCCAAUGCGGCUAUUUAUUUAUUUAUUUCACCAGCAAGAAGAUUUGAGCACCCAUUGAGGCGCUUAAAAGGACAAUAGUUUCCAUGGAAGAUCUGAAUUUGGUGGUCAGUCUAUGCUUUGUGGCAAUGGUUCUUGUCCUUUGCCCCAGAAUCUCUAGUCAUUGGCCAUGUUGGCUGAGGCUUCUGGAGUUGAAGGUCAAAACAUCUGGGAUGCCAAAGGUUCAAAACCACUGCUUUACAAGAUAUAGAUUGUGCAGAAUUGCUCUGGCCUUACCAUUGUUUGGGCAGCUACACUUUUCAGGAAAGGAACUCAUGGGGAGGGAGACAGUAUAGGUCUUCAAGGAAGCAGUAGGGGUGGGGGAAAGAGGCCUCGGGGGGAUGUAGCAUAUGGUAAGACCAAAGAAACAAAGGGGAGCUGGCUUUCUUUAUUUCUGGGAGAAUAGCAUUCUUUUCUGGAAGCAGAGUAAACCAAUCUAUUAAUGCUACCAAGGUUGUUCCUUGCAUCAGGGUGGGGAGGGGGUGAGGACUUCUGGAAAGGGGUGGAACUGGGAAGUUGAAAAUGCCUAGCUGUAAAAUAACAGGAAGUAAGAAAAAACUUCCGGAGAUCUUGGGUGGUCUGGGAUUGUAAAUUGUGGACUUCGUUUUGGGUCUUUAAAUGGGCGUUAGCAGAAUUGACAUGUUGACCUAGGGCUUGAAGUAUCAUUUGAGGUUUAGAAGUUGGAGUUAAUUUAAGAAGUAGGAUGGGAAAGCCCAAUCCCGGGAUAAAAUGGGUUUUGAAGGAAGGGGUUUCAGAACUGUGGAGCACUUCAGGAUGUCUUGGCAGUGAAAACUGUAGUAGAACACAACCACAUCACUGUCUCCAUCCCUGGACCAGCCUUUUCCCUUCCAGUCCGUAGGUCUUUUGCUUCUAAGCCAUACUCAAGAAAUGGACCUAUUAAUCCAGUGGAUAUCUCUUGUCACAUAGGGCAAGCUUCUGUGGCAGCAAGCAUUGUGUCACUUAUUGUAAUGACCUUUUAGUAUCAAAAUCUAGCUGCAGCAUAUGGGAAUCCUCUCCACCCAUGGUUUAUGCGACUGUGGUUUCUGAGCUGCCUAUCUCCAUCUGUAAUCGGUUCAGAGGAGCGCUCUUCACGAGCCACAUCCUGCCUGUCUCGUCACCUCCAGGGGCUUGAUUCCAGUUGCCCACAGCCUCCUUCCAGCACUUAAAAAAGUCCAGAUGCUCUUAAACUGCUUAAAAAUAUGUUUAUAGAGCAAAUUUCAAAGGAGUGUGGCCAAAAGAGGAGAGCUGUUUUCGUACUGCACGUCUCCUACCGCCUUCACACACAGCAUUACUUGGAAGACUUUCUGGCCUCAGGAAGGGAGAACAUCUACCUCAUGGUUUGAACUGAGCUCAUUUUGAAUUAACCGUGAAGAAGUUUCCAAGGAAGCUUGUGAAUUUCAGUUCCUUAGAAAGAAAAGUGACAGAAGUCACCAAAUCAUGGACACUCAGGGUUCCAGACCCGAAAUUCUAUAUUUGAGGCUGAAUUUGUCAAACGGAGCUUAGAGAUACUACUUUUUUGUUGCUACAACUCCCAGCCCUCUCCGGACAGCAGGCUGCUUGGGGAAUUUUAGUUGUGGCCCAAAAAUAAACUUUUCUGAAUUCUGCCUGCAGUUUUAACUAACAGUGCUGAGCUUCUAAACAUUAGUCAAGUCAGCCAGGAGAAGGUCUGGCCCUGCAGUGACUUCCUAAAUGGAAGUCCUUGUAGAUAAUAGGGCCUCAAACAGGGAUGGUUAACUUUUGGCUCACCAGACUUUGCUAGACUACAGUUCCCACAUUUCCUUACAAUUGGCCAUGCUUGCUGGGUUGCCUGAAAGUUAAGGCCAAAACAUGUGGAAGGCCAGCAGCUGACCAGGAGAAAAUGAAAGGAGUCUUGGUUAUAAUGUAAUGCAGUUGGGAGAUGGAAUGAUUUCUUGUUUUGUUUUUAAGUGCUUUGCCAAUCUCUUUUUAGGGAAGGCUGUGGGUGAGAGCAACCAAAGGGGAGUUUUCUCUCUCUUCUCUUUCUCUUUUUUUACAAUUGUAGUUAAACCUUAUCUCAGGAAAUAGCUGCAGGAAGGGGAGGAGGGAGUUGACACAACACAGAAAGAAAGGGCUAAGUGUACACAUGGAGUGUUGUGUCUGAAAUGGAGGUAAUCACACCCCGUAACUGAAAGCAAAGCAAUGCUGGGGUGAGAGGAUACUUGGCAGGUUUCACUUACAUUUGCAUAAAAGUGUGAUCAAGGGAGAAGCAAGGCUGUUUUUUUGUACACACACAUGUGCAUCAACAUUUCAGAUGUUAACUUUUAGAUAAAUAUACUAUGACUUUUUGCAUUCA